CGGAGGAGGACAAAAAGAAGAAUGAUGGUGUCCGGUUAACGUCAUUGUUGUCAGACGGCCCCUUCACGUCUGCAAGGAAACACAUCGCAGCUUGAGAGGGUGACACGUUAAAACGUGUUUUGUUUGUUGUUUUUGAAAAAAAAAUGUUUUUCUUUCGUUUAAUGUAUCACGGAUUGUCUCGCUGUGUCAUAUAAGGAGACGGCGCACCUGCUACGGAGCGUCCACAACGAAACGCCUCAUCGAUACCGAAGCUAGCUUUGGACAUCAGGGACAAGAACAGUUCGAUUUUAAAAAAUAUCAUUUUUAAACGGGAAAAGGUGACAGGUGAAAUGUGUUUUUCUUCGGGCUUCGACACUAGCUAUACGAGCACUAGCACUGUUUAUUUUUAGCUAGGCUCGCUCCUGCAUGUUAGCUAGCAAUUAGACUGUACUUAAUAAUAAUAAUAUUAUUAAAACUUAAGAGGUCCAUGUCACCUUAAAAGACAAUCAUGUGGGUCAGUCCCGAAGAGGUGUUACUGGCUGGCGCCUUAUGGAUCACCGAGAGAGCCAAUCCUUAUUUCAUCCUCCAGAAGAGGAAGGGCCAUGGUGGCGGAGGUGGAGGACUAGCGGGUUUGCUGGUGGGAACCUUGGACGUGGUGCUGGAUUCAAGUGCCCGAAUGGCCCCCUUCAGGAUCCUGUACCAAACCCCGGACUCACUGUCCUACUGGAUCAUCGCUCACGGAACGUCACGUAAAGAGAUCACGGAGCACUGGGAGUGGCUGGAGCACAACAUGCUGCAGACUCUCUCCAUCUUUGAGAAUGAGAACGACAUAACCACCUUUGUCAAAGGAAAAGUCCAGGGUAUCAUCGCAGAAUACAACAAGAACCAUGACGUCAAAGAGGACGAUGACACGGACAAGUUCAAAGAGGCCAGCUCCAAGUUUCGCAAGUUGUUUGGCAUGCCGGAGGAGGAGAAGCUGGUCAACUAUUACUCCUGCAGCUACUGGAAGGGCAAGGUGCCCCGGCAAGGGUGGCUCUACCUCAGCAUCAACCACCUGUGCUUCUACUCCUACCUACUGGGCAAAGAAGUCAAACUGGUGGUGCGCUGGGCGGACAUCACGCAGCUGGAGAAGAGCGCCACCCUCCUGCUGCCCGACGGCAUCAAGGUCAGCACGCGCAGCCAUGAGCACAUCUUCUCAGUCUUCCUCAACAUCAACGAGACCUUCAAGCUGGCGGAGCAGCUGGCCAACAUAGCCAUGCGUCAGCUCCUGGACAACAAGGGCUUCGAGGAGGACCGCUCGCUGCCCAAACUCAAGAAAAAGUCACCUAAGAAGGUGUCAGCCCUCAAGAGGGACUUGGAUGCUAGAGCCAAGAGCGAGCGCUACAGGGCACUGUUCCGUCUGCCCAAAGAUGAAAAACUGGAUGGGCACACAGACUGCACCCUUUGGACCCCCUUUAACAAAAUGCACAUCCUCGGACAGAUGUUUGUCUCCACCAACUACAUCUGCUUCACCAGCAAGGAGGAGAUGCAGUGCAGCCUCAUCAUUCCACUUCGGGAGGUGACCAUUGUGGAGAAGGCAGACAGCUCCAACGUGCUGCCCAGCCCGGUCUCCAUCAGCACCAAGAAUCGCAUGACUUUCCUGUUUGCCAACCUGAAGGACCGAGACUUUCUGGUGCAGAGGAUCUCCGACUUCCUACAGCAGACCCCUUCCAAGAGCUGCCAGGAGCGGGAACUCACAGGCAGCCUCAACAGCUCUGAUGAUGAGGUUUACUCCCAGCAUGGAUCGUUGCUCUCCAGCAGCCCGCAGCACAGUCUGGGUUCAGAGGGCGAGCGGACCUUCAACUUGAAUGACAGCACCGUGCCCACUGCCACGCAGGCCCUCAUGACCAUGUACCGCCGCCGCUCGCCAGAGGAGUUCAAUCCCAAACUGGCUAAAGAGUUUCUGAAGGAGCAGGCAUGGAAGAACCAUUUUGCCGAGUACGGCCAGGGGGUGUGCAUGUACCGUACAGAGAAGACCAAAGAACUGGUCCUGAAAGGCAUCCCUGAGAGCAUGAGAGGCGAGCUCUGGCUGCUCUUCUCCGGGGCCAUCAACGAGAUGGCCACCCAUCCCGGCUAUUACGAAGACCUGGUGGAGAGGUCGAUGGGGAAAUACAACCUAGCGACAGAGGAAAUUGAGCGAGACCUUCACCGCUCGCUGCCGGAGCACCCCGCUUUCCAAAAUGAGAUCGGUAUCGCUGCCCUCCGCCGGGUCCUCACGGCCUACGCCUUCAGAAACCCCAACAUCGGAUACUGCCAGGCCAUGAAUAUCGUGACAUCGGUGUUGCUGCUCUACGCUAAAGAGGAGGAGGCCUUCUGGUUGUUGGUAGCGCUUUGUGAGAGGAUGCUGCCAGACUACUACAACACCAGGGUUGUAGGAGCUCUGGUUGAUCAAGGUGUGUUCGAGGAGCUGGCCCGCGAGUACGUCCCCCAGCUGUACGACUGCAUGCAGGACCUCGGCGUCAUCUCCACCAUCUCGCUCUCCUGGUUCCUCACCCUCUUCCUGUCAGUCAUGCCCUUUGAGAGCGCCGUGGUGGUGGUGGACUGCUUCUUCUACGACGGCAUCAAGGUGAUCUUUCAGCUGGCGCUGUCCGUGCUGCAUGCCAACAUCCACCAGCUGCUGGGGUGCAAGGACGAUGGCGAGGCAAUGACGGUGCUGGGCAGGUACCUGGACAACGUGACCAAUAAGGACAGCACCUUGCCACCCAUCCUACAUCUGCACUCCUUGCUGACGGACAAUGGAGAACCACAUCCAGAGGUGGACAUCUUCAAACUGGUCCGCAGUUCUUAUGAGAAAUUUGGCUCCAUCCGAGCGGACGUCAUCGAACAGAUGCGUUUCAAACAGAGGCUGAGGGUCAUCCAAACCAUUGAAGAUACAACAAAACGCAACGUGGUAAGAACGAUUGUAACAGAGACUGCCUUCGGCAUGGACGAGUUGGAGGAGCUCUAUGUCCUCUUCAAGGCGGAACACCUGACUAGCUGCUACUGGGGAGGCAGCAGCAACCCAACGGAGCGCCACGACCCCAGCCUGCCCUACCUGGAGCAGUACCGCAUUGACAUGGAGCAGUUCAAGGGCCUCUUCAACCUCCUGUUUCCUUGGGCCAACGGCACCCACUCGGACGCCUUGGCCAUGCGCUUCUUUCGCCUGCUGGACCAGAACGGGGACGCCUUCAUCAAUUUCCGGGAGUUCAUCAACGGCCUUGGCAUUCUAUGUCACGGGGACCUCACAGAGAAGCUGAAGCUCCUCUACAAGAUGCACAUUUUACCUGAGAUGAUGAGUGAACAGGAAGAACCUGACUCCGCCUUCGAGGCCACUCAGUACUUCUUUGAGGACAUCACCCCGGAAACGUCAAUGGGCCAGGACGCAAAAAACCGAAGCGAGAAGGAUGAUGGCUUUGUCAGGGUUACGUUUAAGACAGAAAAGGUGAAGAAACUCAACAAUCCCGACUACCGCCACUACCUGAAACUGUGGAACCAGGAAACCAGGUCUAAAACGGAGCACACUAAAGAUCUUCCCAAGCUGAAUCAGACCCAGUUCAUCGAGCUGUGCAAGACCCUGUACAGCAUGUUUAGUGAGGACGCGGCCGAGCAGGAGCUGUACCAUGCCACCGCCACAGUCACCAGUCUGCUGCUAGAAAUGGGAGAGGUGGGCAAGCUGUUCUGCGCAGCUCGCAGGGAUCACGCCGAGGUAUGCAAAACCGACCCCUUUGUCUCGGAGCGCAAGCCGAGCCCCUGCGAGGAGAGGAACGGUCAGGACUGUGAGCCAUCGCCACCCAUGCAGGACAUCAAGCUGGAGGACUCAUCCCCCAAAGACAACGCCGCCUCGUCGUCCGCCAUGCUUAUCUCCGACGACGAGGCCAAAGACGACACGUCGGUGUCGUCGUACUCUGUGCUCAGCGCCGGGUCCCAUGACAUGGACGACAAGCUGCAGUGCGAAGACAUCGCGGACGACACGGUGCUGGUGAGAAGCGGGGGGAAGAACAAUGGCGGCGGCAGUAGCAGCGGAGGACGAGCGCUGCCUCACAGCACCAGCGUAGACAAAGACUGGGCCAUCACCUUCGAGCAGUUCUUGGCAUCCGUGCUCACCGAGCAGGCGCUGGUGCGCUACUUUGAGAAGCCCGUGGACGUGACGGCUCGCAUUACAAACGCUAAAAACAUUCGUAAAGUCAGGCGCCCCCUGCUGUCCACCAGUGACUAUGAAAUCUCUCUAUCCGGCUAGGACACGUCUCAUAAAAGAUUCGUAUUUAUUAUGUCUCCGUGCGUUUUAGAUGCUAAUUUUGAAUGAAUGUGAGCACCUAGCACCUAAUUGUAGGAUUUGACCACAUGUCCAACUUUGACUGUCACGUAAUAUACUAUAUAAAUAUUAGCUGACGUGAAGCCAGACAUAGUAAAGUAUGUGACGUCAUCCACGGUAGACGUGUUUCCACAGUAAUCUCCUAGUAAGACUAUGUCAACAAUACAACACAUUACUUUGCACAUCCUUAUGCUGCUCAGCAACAUUUCCUGUUUCCCAGUGCUGGAAAGAAGGAAUGAUUGAAUUUCAUGUGUAAACUAUACGCCGCUUUUCCACUGCACAGUACCGUCUCACCUCGGUUUUCCCUUUAUACUUCUAUAUAUACUUAAGCUCUUAUCAAGAAGCUGCAUAGAACGCAUCAGCCAUAACAGGACACUCAAAACCAAGAGAAGGAGGCUCUCUUGUAAUUACUUCUCUAAGGAUUUUCUCUCAUCUAAGAGGAGACUGAGGGCAGUGUCCUGUAUUUAUUUCUCUACGGAAACAUCAUUAUACCUGGAGGAGACUGAGGGGAAUGAGGGGUCCUGUAUUUACUUCUAAGGAGACAAACUGUAUCCAAAAGGAGACUUGAGUGCGGCAAGACGGUGACAUUGUAUUGUAAAGUUAUCCAACUGGAGAAGGGGGCAGCAAGGAUACAAAUGUUGUCCUUUUAUUUUAAGAAAAAAAGGGCAAUGAGGGUCUCCUGUAAUGUUAUCCAAGACAAAACUGAGGGCAGCAAGAGAAUGAAGGCCUGCUGUUUUUACUUCUCCAAGCAGACAUAUUUUAUUCAAGUGGAGGUCGAGUGCAGGAAGAGAACGAGGGCCUCCUGUAUUUACAUCUGAGGAGAUGCAUUUUAUCCAACAAGAGACUGAUGGCGGCAACAAAGCAAGGAUCUGCUGUAUUUACCUCUCUCUGAGGAGACCGAUUUCAUCCAAGAGGAGACUGAGGGCAGUGAUCCAGCAGUGCAGCGCUGCAGCAAAGUGGGCUGCCCACUACAGUACCUCAUUCUACCUAUUUUUGCAGGUGUAUAUCCGUGGCUUCACUUGAACACAUCCUAUUGGUCGAUUCCUGCCUGUAACUUCCUGUGUAAUGACGUUCCAUAAUAAUGAUGUAGUUAUACAGUACGUAUCAUCAGAUUAUAAUAUCAUGUUCAUGUUUUGUACAGCAAAUAGGAAUGCUAAUAACUAUAUAUGAUGACAAUGACACUACUUUCACUUUGUCUGCAAUACACUCUUUGUGUACUUUAUAUUUUAUUUUUUUUGCCUCUUGCCUUGACCUUUUUUGUACUUUUGUGUUUUUAAGCUGCAACAGUUGAUAGCCCAAGUAUCACUUCAUCACAUUAAACCACAACUGCUCAUGUCA